GGUUCCGCCAUCGGUAUAGAUCAUAGAAACCGGACCUCUUCUACUUAUAAAGCGUUUGAAAGUGUCGACAAACAAUUCUGAACUGAGAUCAGUACCUCAAGUGUAACUGUUUGUUUAAAAUUUGAAUACGCUUCGAACACGUUAAUCGAGCUUACUACCUUCUAUCUGUUUUAUCAUAACGUGCGAGUGUAUCUGCCAACAUGACGCUUCACUAUUUUUUACGUACGCUCACUUCGUGGAAAGUAUAGUUACUUUUUGAAGGUUGGCAAUCAUGAUACAACUUUAAAAUUAUACGACAUAAUCGAAGUGACCAUUUCAAAUAUGCUCACUCCCGUUUGCCUGAAGCUUCUUAAUUUAUAGGAGUAAUAAUGAAUAUGUUUUGUUUCAUUUUAUACUGCAAGAGUAAUGAAGAUAACUGCAGUUCGCGCGGUUUUUGAGUUUUUACAAAAACACAAACAACUCCCAACUAGGUACUUGACUUUAGUUAAGUGUUUGCUUUUCGCUCUACAUUCCGCGUCCAAAGUAUUGUCGUAAAAUUUAAAAGCUAUUAAACUAUUUAACAGUUCAUUUUUACAAUGAAAACCAGUGUGUCUCAAUUUGAAAUGCUUGUUAAUUUUAUGGAAAAACAUGGUGAUAUAAACAAACCCACUAAAAAUGCUAGUGGAAGGAUCCAAACAAUCCAAGCUUGGGACCGUCUGACCGAUUUGUUGAAUGGUGAUGCAACAGGUGAAGCAAAAACAACAGAGAAAUGGAAAAAAGUGUGGAGUGACUUAAAAAAUAAUACUAAAAAGAAAGCAGCAAAAAUUAAUAAGGGUGCUAGAGGUACUGGUGUUGGGCCUGCUUUACAAAUCCGACUCUCUGAGCUGGAGGAGCGAGUCCUCAGUAUAAUCGGGCCGCAAGCUGCUACAGGUCUGAUGGGGGUGCCUGAAGCUGACUUUUUUCAGGAACCUAAUGUAACAGGGGAUACUGACAGGACAUUAUCGUUACCUGAAACAUUGCCCCAUGUCGUCCUCGAAUCAUCAGAGAGCCCUACAAUAUUUUCAUUACCAGAAGUUGGGGAAAUUUCAAGAGUGACUCAUGUUGAAAUUCCUGCUAAUGAAAAAUCAGUUCAUGAUGUUUGGAAUGAGGCUGGACCGUCACACCAGCCUCAUGUACCACCACCGACGCAGACGCCACCGCCAGUUCACCAGGAGGAUAUUGCACCAACUCAUCGUCAGCCAGCUCAACGAGGGCAGACACCUCGUCGUCGGCACGGUUCACCAUUACGCCGUGCUCGUUCACCAAGAAGGCGCCUUGUCGGACCACAUUCCCACAUUGAGCAGGCAACGCAGCAAUUUAUAUCUUCCGAUGAGGAAUGGCGAAAUUUUCUCCGAAAAAAACAUGAGGAUGAAAUAGAACUCGAGAGAGAAAAGCUGCGCAUUAAAGAAAAAGAAAUUGAGGCACAACAUCGAUGGCAGGAUGUAACUAUGAGUGCAAUAGCUGCAUUGAAUAGAAUAAUUGAUUCUAGAUUUUUAAGAGACUAGGUCACUGUUUUUUUAAAUUAGUACGUAAUUAGGUAAUAUUGCAUGGUAAUUUUUUUUAAGUUCUACUGUUUUACUAACAUAUUAGGUAAUAAAAAAAAGGUCAUUGUUUUUUAAUUAGUACGUAAUUAGGUAAUA